CACAUCUAUAUUGCUCCAUAGCUGAAAGUAACAAACAUAUAUCAUAUAGAAAGAUCAAAAUAUAAAAUCGUGAUCAGCUAUAUAUAUAUGGCUGCAAAAACCUCAACCAUACUUGCUAUAUUCCUUGUAAUCAAUCUUCUCUUCCUCAACCUCAUUCCCCUGGUUGUGGCAGAAAAUACUUGUCCAAGAGACCAACUCAAACUUUCAACAUGCGCAAAUAUUCUCAACCUCAUCAACUUGAAUCUUGGCGCACCAGCUAUGAGACCUUGUUGCUCUAUUCUCUUAGGUCUAAUCGAUCUUGAUAUUGCACUUUGCUUCUGUACCGCGCUUAAGCUCAGCAUUCUCGGCAUCACCACCAACACUCCCAUUCACCUUAACUUGGCCAUCAACGCCUGUGGAGGAACACUUCCCGAUGGAUUUCGUUGCCCAACAUAGCUACAAUUUAUUCAUAUCUUGUGCAUGUUCUCAAGAAGAUUUCGUCUAACUAUAUUCAAAGCUAGAUUCAUGUCUAAGCCAUUAACGACAAUAACACUGGCGAUAUGUAUGAUAACAAUAAACAAAAAUUUACAAAUAAACAUUCCAUCUACCAA